AUGGCGGACGUCAAGGACCCCAAGAUUGCGGAGGCGUACGAGAAGGUCAGAGAUCACAAAGAUGAAACGACAUGGCUUAUACUGGACUAUGAAUCCGACAAGUCCAAUACCCUCACCCUCACCUCAACAGGGACAGGUGACCUCGCCGACCUCGCUUCCAACUUUCAGCCCUCGCGCGCCUCAUACGCCUACGCCAAAGUCAAAUACAACAAUGACGAGCACUCGUUCCGCGAAAAGUUCAUCUUGGUCAUCUGGAUAGGAGAUGAAGUCAAGGUCAUGCGGAGGGCGAAGGUAUCGGUACAUCUUGGAGAUGUGAAGAAUGUCUUACGGGCGUACUCUAUCGAUGUGCAGGCAUCAUCAGCCAACGAUCUCAAGGAGGACGAUAUCGUGCAACGUCUCCGAAGGGCAGGCGGGGCGAACUAUGACCGGUCCAAGUUUGAUUAG